UGAAUUUAAUAACGGGAUGAGAAUAGAGUAUUGGUAGUCUUCCGCAGGUGAGGAACGGACAGUACAUGCGUGUUUUGUGAACUGGCGUCCUGAAAAAGCUUUAAAUUACUGGCUGUGGGCAAAUAUUAGCAAUCGCGAGGGAAAGGGGUCGUUGCGACUGGACUUUUUUUUUUCGUGGAGUCAAGGGAUAUUAAAGCAACGUCCUGCAGGAUAAGGGCGCGCCUAAACUACCAGAUUCAUGUGUUGAGUGUGGAAAACCCCCGUGCGUAGGAAAGUCUUGCAUAGAUUUAGGAGAUAUGUUGCGGCGAGUUGUGCGACAGAGCAAGUUCCGUCAUGUGUUCGGUCAGGCUGUGAGGAACGAUCAGUGCUACGAUGACAUCCGGGUGUCCAGGGUAACAUGGGACAGUUCCUUCUGUGCUGUCAACCCCAAGUUUGUCGCCAUCAUCAUUGAGGCAAGCGGAGGAGGGGCCUUUCUUGUCCUUCCUCUACACAAGACUGGCCGUAUAGACAAGGUGUACCCGACAGUGUGUGGUCACACAGGCCCAGUGCUGGACAUCGACUGGUGUCCUCAUAAUGAUCUUGUCAUUGCUAGUGGCUCGGAGGACUGCACAGUCAUGGUCUGGCAGAUACCUGAGAACGGACUUGAGACCUCCCUGUCAGAGCCUGUGGUUGUGUUGGAGGGCCAUUCUAAAAGGGUUGGCAUUGUGUCUUGGCAUCCCACCGCUCGCAACGUUCUCCUCAGUGCAGGGUGUGACAACCAGAUCAUCAUCUGGAAUGUGGGCACUGGAGAGGCCAUGAUCUACCUGGAGGACAUGCACCCUGAUGUUAUCUUUAGUGUCAGCUGGAGUCGCAAUGGCAGCCUCUUGUGCACCGCCUGCAAGGACAAGAAGGUCCGCGUCAUCGACCCUCGUAAAAAGAAGGUUGUGGUGGAGAAGGACAAAGCUCAUGAGGGAGCUCGACCAAUGAGAGCGAUCUUUUUAGCAGAUGGAAAUAUUUUCACCACUGGAUUCAGCCGCAUGAGCGAGCGCCAGCUAGCCCUGUGGAAAUCUGAUAACAUGGAUGAGCCGAUAUGUGUUCAAGAGAUGGACUCCAGUAAUGGAGUUCUGCUGCCCUUCUAUGACUCUGACACCAACAUAGUCUACCUGUGUGGAAAGGGUGACAGCAGCAUUCGGUACUUUGAGAUCACUGACGAGGCACCGUUUGUACACUACCUCAACACCUUUUCCACAAAGGAGCCGCAGAGGGGUAUGGGGUACAUGCCCAAGAGAGGUUUGGACGUCAACAAAUGUGAAAUCGCAAGGUUUUACAAGUUACAUGAGAGGAAAUGUGAACCAAUCAUCAUGACAGUCCCACGUAAAUCGGAUCUGUUCCAAGAUGACCUAUAUCCAGACACAGCCGGUCCUGAUCCUGCCCUGGAAGCAGAGGAGUGGUUUGCGGGUAAGAACGGAGGCCCAAUCCUGAUCUCACUCAAAGAUGGCUACGUCUCCACAAAGAGCCGGGACCUGAAAGUGAUCAAGACGAAUGUCCUGGAGAAUAAGCCGGCCCCAAAAGCAGAAACCAUCUCAAUUAUCCACAAGCACGCUUCUCCUUCUCCUUCUCCACAGUCCUCUGUGAAAAUGGAAGACAAACUGGAAGAAGUACUCCGAGAGUUUAGGUCACUCAGGGACCGCGUCAUCCUUCAAGACCGUCGGAUUGCCAGACUGGAAGAGCAAGUUGCCAAGGUUGCCAUGUAAGACAUGGAGUCUUCCCAGGACCAUCGAUUGUUUGGGAACAAACAAGUGGACCGGGUCAGCAGUGGCCAAAUUCUCAAGAUUCGGCUUCACUGAGCUUGGCCUCGUUUCUGUGAUGAGACCAAGCCCACAUUCCAAGAUGAACUUUAGUUUUGCUCAUCAAGCCUCUGUUUUCACACACACACACAAAAACACACACAGAGAAAAGGAAAAACCCAUGCAGCUCAUGUACACAUCUGAAAAGAAAGACAGUUUUGUUGAAGGAAGUCUUACUGUUUUUAUUUUCAACCUGUGGUAAAACAUUCUUAUGUGAAGUUUGUACUUACUGCUCAAAAACUGUAUGUAGCAUCAGUAUUUCCAUUGUUAUUUUUGUGUUGCCAAAUAUGAAUUGUGUGCUGUUUAAUGCACUGCUUUUACAUUAUUUUUCCUCCUGUUGUACAUUCCAGUCACCACCUGGUAGAACAAUAUUGUCAAGCUGGAUUUUUUUUUUUUUUAU